CUCUAUAAGUAGCACGUAAUCAAGCCCUUUGGAAGUAGUCCGGAUCGGUUUUGGUGUGUAAGCGCUGCUAUUUGCAAAAAUGCCUGAUCCAGCAAAAUCGGCUCCCGCUCCCAAGAAGGGCUCCAAAAAGGCUGUCACGAAGGUGCAAAAGAAGGACGGCAAGAAGCGCAAGCGCAGUCGCAAGGAGAGCUACUCCGUCUACGUGUACAAGGUGCUGAAGCAGGUGCACCCCGACACCGGCAUCUCGUCCAAGGCCAUGGGCAUCAUGAACUCGUUCGUCAACGACAUCUUCGAGCGCAUCGCCGGCGAGGCCUCCCGCCUGGCGCAUUACAACAAGCGCUCCACCAUCACCUCCCGGGAGAUCCAGACGGCCGUGCGCCUGCUGCUGCCCGGCGAGCUGGCCAAGCACGCCGUGUCCGAGGGCACCAAGGCCGUCACCAAGUACACCAGCUCCAAGUUUGUCCAUAACACAAAGUUCUGGGCCAACAAGAUGUGAAUGGAAGUGAUAUAUAUUAUUUCAGGUUUGUGCCCUAAGAAGGAAAAGGUAUGUGCUCCCCUUGCCUUCCCCCCCUCUCCCCACCUUUCCUCUGGCUAGGUUGUAGAGACAAUGGCAGGAACUGUGGCAACCACCUGGGAUCCAGAAACAGAAAUCUUGUGAUAAGGAUGGCUGAGCUGCUCUCCUGGCCCUGGACCAUGACAUGAGAGAGAAACUUUAAGCCACUGUUUUUUUUAAAGAUUUGUUCAAAUAAAUUAGGCUGUACUCUGA